AUCGCCAACCUUUUUUUGUAAUUAGCUCCAAAUUAAAGAAGAAAGACAUCUUAUUUACCAUCUUAAAAGGAAAACAGGCCAGGAGAGGAUAGUGAAAUAAAUGAGACACAGAAACAAUGAUAAAUGUUUAAUUUCUUUGAGAGCUGCCGGCCAGAUGAGGAAAGGUUAUGAGUUAUCUUGACAAUAUGACAGACUACCCAAUUAAACCGCGUCAGCCAUUUCCUUAUUUAAUUUUAUUAUAGUAAGAUAUUUUAAUUUCUCACUAUCAUUUUCUUAUUCACCAUUUUCUCACACCAACUUUCUCAUAAAUUCAAUCAAUGACCAAUCAGUCAAUGACCCAUGACCAGAGCAUGUGCCACUGACAUUUCUCCUAUUUCAUUUUAUUGUAGUAAGAAUUUUCUUGCAACCUGAGCUUGUUUUGCUGUUUGCGAAAAAACCUUCCUUCAUUUCCCUUGAUUUCUUUCAUUCCGAAGAAGAAAAACAUGGCUGAGGUGGGCUUGGCAUUUCUCUCUGCUUCACUCAGCGUGUUGUUUCACAAAAUGGCAUCUCCAGAGGUGGCUGAUUUCAUGCAGGGAAGAAAACAAACCGAAAAGCUCUCAAGGAAAUUGAAGACAGCAAUGCGGUCUGUGAAUUCUGUGCUUGCAGACGCGGAAGAAAAGCAACUUACGGACCCUUUGGUGAAAGACUGGGUUGACGAUUUGAAGGAUGUUCUCUUCGACGCGGAGGACAUCUUGGAAGAGAUUGCUACUGAAGCCUUGCAAAGAAAGCUGGACGCUGAAUCUAGUACUACUGUAGAAAAGGCACUAGACUGCAUCUCUAAUACUUUCCUUGAUACUUUUGUCAAUGAAGUAGAGCCAAAAAUAGAAGAGGUACUUGAUAGACUUGAAGAUCUAACAAAGCAAAAGGAUUGUAUGGGUCUAAAAGUAGGAGUUGGAGGAAAACAACAUCCAGAACAGGUGCUCACUUCUUACGUCUCAGAGUCUGACACUUUUGGUAGGAAUGAGGACAAGAAAAAAAUUAUCGACUUAUUGCUCUCGUCUGAUGAGAGUGGCAAUGAAAGGUGCGUGAUUGCCAUCGUUGGCAUGGGGGGAAUCGGCAAGACUAACCUUGCUCAACUGGCAUACAACGACAGUCGGGUGAAGCAACAUUUCAACCUUAAAAUAUGGUUUUGUGUUUCAGAAGAAUUUGUUGUGCCCAAUGUAAUGAAAUCAAUUAUAGAUCAGUCUGCAACUUCAUCAGCUCCUUCUACUGAGGAUCCAGAGCAGCUUCAAGUUAUACUAGAGGAUAAUUUGACACGGAAGAAAUUUCUCCUUGUUUUGGAUGAUGUUUGGAGUGAGAAAUCCCGUCAUCAGGAGUUCCUAAGCCAACUCUUGCGCUAUGGGACUCAAGGAAGUAAGAUCCUUGUCACCACAAGGAAUGAAAGCGUUGCAUUGGCCAUGAAGGCAACUGCAACUCAUCAUCUAAAGCUAUUAUCAAAUGAUGAUUGCUGGUCCCUUUUUGAAAAACAUGCAUUUCGUGAUGGUAGCUCCAAUGCAGAUCCAGAAAUAAAAGAUAUAGGUAGACAAAUUGUGGAAAAGUGCAAAGGUCUACCUUUAGCAAUCAAAGCCAUUGGCGAUCUCUUGUGGUCUGAAUCAAAUGUCGAGAGAUGGACGAAUAUAUUGAAGAGCAAUUUAUGGGAUCUUCACAUGAAGGGGACAGACAUUCUUCCGGCUUUGAGGUUAAGUUAUAAGUAUCUGCCCUCAUACUUAAAAAGAUGUUUUGCUUAUUGUUCGAUAUUUCCAAAAGAUUAUAUUUUUAAAAAAGAUCAAUUGGUUUUAUUAUGGAUGGCGGAAGGUUUCUUGCAACAAUCUGAAAUAGAAACUAUGGAAGAAGUUGGCAAUUGUUACUUCGAUGCUCUUGUAUCAAGAUCAUUAUUUCAAAAAUCACUUGGAACUUAUGAGUCAGGUUUUGUAAUGCAUGAUCUUGUCAACGACUUGGCAAAUUUCGUGACUGGGCAAUUUGGCUUUACGCGGUUGAAGGGUGAUAAUUCAAAAGAAAUUAGGAAGAUGACUCGCUAUUUAUCGUAUUUCCAUUUCCAUGGAAGUUCGGAUAACUUUGUUAAGGAUAUUGAAGAGGAUCUUUACAAGGCCAAGCAGUUGCGCACUUUCCUAGUAUUAGAUUGUAAGGAAUGGAAUGAUAUCAAAAUGCCAAGGGCACAGUGCUUAAAAGUUCUUUCUCUAUCCGGGAGAAGGCAGCUAACUGAGUUGUUUGAUUCAAUUGGCAAAAUGAAACAUUUACGUUAUUUGGAUGUUUCUUACUCACUUAUUAAAGAGUUGCCCAAUUCCAUAUGUAUGUUGUACAAUUUGCAAACUUUGAAGUUAUCAGGGUGUGGGAAGUUGGAAAGAUUGCCAAGAGAUAUGUGGAAACUCAUUAAUUUACGUCAUCUUGAAAUUGAUCAAACUUACAAAUUAAAGGAGAUACCGAUACAAAUGGGUAGAUUAAAAUGUCUCCAGACGCUAUCCAAAUUCAUCGUCAGUAAAUAUGAUAAUGGGUCUAGCAAUAUUGGAGAAUUGGGAAACCUAAUAAAUCUUCGGGGAAAGCUUUUAAUUGAACAGCUCCAAAAUGUUAGAUCAGCCAAGGAUGCUUUGGAUGCAAGGUUGAAGGAUAAGCGUUACUUUGAGGAGUUGGUGUUAAAAUGGAAUCCUCUAGAAGAAGUACUUGGUAUUUGGGAAAGUCAAAGAGGUGUAAUUGAAAAUCUACAGUCCCAUGAAAAAUUGAAAAGUCUCACCAUCAAGUACUACGGCGGGAGAGGUUUUCCUGAUUGGAUAGGAUCGGGGCUUCAUUCAUUGUGUAGGUUGAAGUUAAUGAAUUGCAUGUAUUGUAGUGCUUUGCCACCCCUUGGGCAGCUACCUUUUCUUAAUGAGCUCUACAUUGAUGGGUUGAAUGGAGUUGUUACUGUGGAUCAAGAGUUUUAUCGAAAUAGUGGUUCUUUAAUGAAGGCAUUUGGAAGUUUGAAAUUGCUAGAGUUCAAGAAUAUGUCUAAUUGGGAAACUUGGGAAAAUUUGGGUGCCCAAAAUGAAGUUGAAACUUUUUCUCAACUUGAAUAUUUAUAUAUUGAGAAUUGCCCCAAGCUGAGGGGAAGGUUGCCUGUAUAUCUUCAUUCGUUAGACAAACUUGUGAUUUGUAAUUGUCAACAUCUUGAGGGUUUGCUCCCCAUAGACUCUUUCCCAAUACUUACCCAUACGAAAAUAACCGGGUGUGAUAAUUUGGAAUCAGUUGUGCUUCCAGAACAACAUGAACAUGAUGGUUUACUCUCAAAAUUGAAAAUACUUGAAAUCAAUGAUUGUGAGAAGUGUGAGCUCCCCAUGCACCAAGAAUUUUCAUCCCUUGAAGAAUUGUACUUGACAGAUUGCUGUGAUUCUCUAGUGUCCUUUCCAUUAGACCUAUUCCCAAAUCUGAAGCAUAUUCUAAUCAAGGGGUGCAAGAAUUUGCAACUUUUAGAACAACAUGGAGUUGAUUCAGCGAUAUCAUAUAUAAAAAUCUCUGAAUGUCCUAAGUUUGUAGAUUUUCCAAGAGGAUUGUGUGCCCCUAACCUUGCAACGUUUUCCCUCAACAAUUGUGAGAGCUUGAGGUCAAUGCCGGAUAAGAUGCACAUAUCCCUUCUGUCUCUUCGUUAUUUGGAGUUAAAAAAUUGUCCAGAAGUUGAUUCAUUUCCAGAAGGGAGGUUGCCUUCCAAUCUAAAGCAAAUUGUGAUCAGGAGGUGUAAGAAACUCAUUGCAAACUGGAAGGGAUGGGAUUUGCAAAUACUCCCCUCUCUUGAAUGGUUGGAAAUUGACGGUGGAUCAGAAAAUGUGGAGUCCUCUCCUUGGGGAUUGUUGCUGUCCACCACUCUGACCAAUCUUAAGAUCUCUUCAUUUAGAAAUUUGAAAUCUUUGGAUAAUGAGGGGUUUCAACACCUCACCUCCAUUAAAGAAUUGCACCUCAGUUGCUGUCCCAAUCUCAGGUACAUGCCAGAAGAGGGGUUUCCUACCUCCCUUAAUUUUUUACAUAUACAUAACUGUGAUCCUGUGUUGGAGGAAGAGCUAGAAAGGAAAGAAGGAGAAGAAUGGCUCAAGGUGGCUCGCGUCCUCGAGAUAUGGCUUAAUGUCUUACGAAUUCAAGGAGUUGAACGGUUUCCAGGUGAGAGUCCCAUGCAUGCAUUAAUGCAACCUCAUGAAAGCUUUUAA